AUGGGCCCUAGAACCUGGCCCAAAGCCCAGCCCACAAGUGGGUUGGGUUGGGUUGGGCUUGGGCUUUCGUGGGCUCUGAUGAAGUCUAGUCACGGGCUUGACAUUGGCCGGCGGGAGACCGCGCGGGCUACUGGACAUAACGCGUCCUCUACCGAAUUCUGCUUUGCUAGGCCAUCUACAAUCUCCAAUCUCUCUAUCGCUCAUGUUACUGGCAUAGGGGCGCCGUCGGUAACCUAUAAACUGGAAGAGUUGCUCCCGCCGUUGAGCCCCGGUCCAGCUCCUCUCGAGUUUGAAGAUAGCUAUAUACCGAUUGACGAGCCUCUAGAGCUUAACAGUUUUGAGCCUGUCACUAGUCCCGAGCCCGAGUCCGAGCCCUCAGUCCGACCAUCCCUACCGACGCGCAGUGAGCGACCCUAUGAUAAUCAGUCGAAUUUAGAGAUCCCAGCUCCUAUCCUACCGAUUUCCGAGCCUCGCGAGGAUAUUUGCACGCUGGCACGCGCACUUGCCGAUCAGCUAUAUCAGCAUCACGGCUGUUGUCAUAAGUGCCAUGAGCAGGCACACACGGCGCACCAAGAGACGCAUUCGGUUCAUACUGGGCUUGGGGACUACGUAGACCAGAUUAAUAUCGACGGAGACUUUCCGGAUGUACUAAGCUCGACGACAAUCGCGGUCCGCGAGUCCAAUCUUGUCCAGCAAAUUCCUAAGGUACGGAAACAACAGAUCUACUGCAGAACGGAUUCUCGAGACUCCGAUCGAUUCUCAAUACAUCUCUAUGUGGCCGCCGACUAUCGCCCAAACCCUUCAUUGGGUAUUACCGUUGAUAUCGAUAGUGUGGGAGGAUUUACAAGUAAUUUGGCUGUAGCCCGUCGGGGGAUCCGAUAG